CGGUGGUAGUGGUGAGGGCAGCGGUGGUAGUGGUGAGGGCAGCGGUGGUAGUGGUGAGGGCGGCGGUGGUAGUGUUAAGGGCAGCGGUGGUAGUGGUGAGGGCAGCGGUGGUAGUGUUGAGGGCAGCGGUGGUAGUGUUGAGGGCAGCGGUGGUAGUGGUGAGGGCAGCGGUGGUAGUGGUGAGGGCAGCGGUGGUAGUGGUGAGGGCAGCGGUGGUAGUGGUGAGGGCAGCGGUGGUAGUGUUGAGGGCAGCGGUGGUAUUGGUGAGGGCAGCGGUGGUAGUGGUGAGGGCAGCGGUGGUAGUGGUGAGGGCAGCGGUGGUAGUGGUGAGGGCAGCAGUGGUAGUGUUAAGAGCAGCGGUGGUAGUGUUGAGGGCAGCGGUGGUAGGGGUGAGGGCAGCGGUGGUAGUGGUGAGGGCAGCGGUGGUAGUGUUAAGGGCAGCGGUGGUAGUGGUGAGGGCGGCGGUGGUAGUGGUAAGGGCAGCGGUGGUAGUGGUGAGGGCAGCGGUGGUAGUGUUAAGGGCAGCGGUGGUAGUGGUGAUGGCGGCGGUGGUAGUGGUAAGGGCAGCUAUGGUAGUGGUGAGGGCAGCGGUGGUAGUUUUAAGGGCAGCGGUGGUAGUGGUGAGGGCAGCGGUGGUAGGGGUGAGGGCAGCGGUGGUAGUGGUGAGGGCAGCGGUGGUAGUGUUAAGGGCAGCGGUGGUAGUGGUGAGGGCGGCGGUGGUAGUGGUAAGGGCAGCGGUGGUAGUGGUGAGGGCAGCGGUGGUAGUGUUAAGGGCAGCGGUGGUAGUGGUGAGGGCAGCGGUGGUAGUGUUAAGGGCAGCGGUGGUAGUGGUGAGAUCAGCAGUGGUAGUGGUGAGGGCAGCGGUGGUAGUGGUGAGGGCGUCAGUGGUAUCGGUGAGGACAGCGGUGGUAGUGGUGAGGGCAGCGGUGGAGGUGUUGAGGGCAGCGGUGGAGGUGUUGAGGGCAGCGGUGGUAGUGUUGAGGGUAGCGGUGGUAGGGGUGAGGGCAGCGGUGGUAGUGGUGAGGGCAUCAAAGAUUUUUUUUUGCAAUCGCUUAUAUGGUGUUGGUGA